CCUGCCCCGCACCUUGGCCAGCAGUCCCUUCCCACCCACGCGAGGGCGGCGCCCGGCUCCUGGCAGUCUGCACGCGGGCGACCUGGGGGACCUGGCCUGGCUGCCCGCGCCUCCCUGACCGCGACGCCCGAGGGCGGCGGCCCCUUUGUUCGGCGGAGGGUGCGGGCUUCCUCCCGGGCGCCCCCGCAGCGUCCCCACUCCCUCCGCCUGCGGGAGCUCACCCGGGCCAGGUGGCGGCGGGCGCCUUGGGGGUGCGCGGCGGCGCAGUUGGUGGAUUUUUUUUAACCCGCCGUGGAGGGGGCGGCGGCGCUCGGCUGCGGGCUGCUGCUCCGCUUGGCUGUGCCUCGCUCGGCUCCGCUUUGCUCUCGCGUCCCGGCCGCGCUCCCGCCGCCGCUGCCGCCGCGAUGAGGGUGCUCGGACACAGGCUCGAGCUGCUCACAGGGCUCUUGCUGCACGACGUGACCAUGGCCGGGCUGCAGGAGCUGCGAUUCCCAGAGGAGAAGCCCCUACUCCGGGGUCAGGACGUCACGGAGCUGGAGAACCCUGACACCUUCCUCUUGGCUGUGGACACAGACUGGAAGGAACACGACAUUGAGACACCAUAUGGGCUUCUACACGUGGUGAUCCGGGGCUCCCCGAAGGGCAAUCGCCCAGCCAUCCUCACCUACCAUGACGUGGGCCUCAACCACAAGCUGUGCUUCAACACCUUCUUCAACUUCGAGGACAUGCAGGAGAUCACCAAGCACUUCGUGGUGUGCCAUGUGGACGCCCCGGGCCAGCAGGUGGGGGCGUCCCAGUUUCCUCAGGGGUACCAGUUCCCCUCCAUGGAGCAGCUGGCCGCCAUGCUCCCCAGCGUGGUGCAGCACUUCGGGUUCAAGUACAUCAUUGGCAUCGGAGUGGGAGCCGGGGCCUACGUGCUGGCCAAGUUCGCACUCAUCUUCCCUGACCUGGUGGAGGGGCUGGUGCUCAUGAACAUCGACCCCAAUGGCAAAGGCUGGAUCGACUGGGCAGCCACCAAGCUCUCUGGCCUGACCAGCACUUUGCCAGACACGGUGCUCUCCCACCUCUUCAGCCAGGAGGAGCUGGUGAACAACACAGAGCUGGUGCAGAGCUACCGGCAGCAGAUCGGAAAUGUGGUGAACCAGGCCAACCUGCAGCUCUUCUGGAACAUGUACAACAGCCGAAGAGACCUGGACAUCAACCGGCCUGGGACAGUGCCCAACGCCAAGACGCUCCGCUGCCCCGUGAUGCUGGUGGUUGGGGACAACGCCCCUGCUGAGGAUGGGGUGGUCGAAUGCAACUCCAAACUGGACCCGACCACCACGACCUUCCUGAAGAUGGCAGAUUCCGGGGGGCUCCCUCAGGUCACACAGCCAGGGAAGCUGACCGAGGCCUUUAAAUACUUCCUGCAAGGCAUGGGCUACAUUGCGUACUUGAAGGACCGGAGGCUGAGUGGAGGAGCAGUGCCCUCUGCCAGCAUGACCCGGCUGGCGCGUUCACGCACCGCAUCACUCACCAGUGCUGGCUCUGUGGAUGGCGGCCGCCCACAGCCCUGCACCCACUCCGAGAGCAGCGAGGGCCUGGGCCAGGUCAACCAAACCAUGGAGGUGUCCUGCUGAAGCCCUGGAUCAGCCCCAGACGCUCACCCGCCCUCCCACCCUCACCAAGGUCCCACUGCCAUCCCUGCGCCAGCUCAUUUUCCCUUUAUUUUUGUGAAGGUGAACAGGAGGAAAUGGGGUUACUUCUCUUUUGUUUAAAAAAAUAUGAGGGCUCCACCUUGGGUGCUGCAGCAGAACCGUCUUCAGAUGGUUUGUGGGGCUCCCCCUCCUCAUUUCCCUCUGUUGCCUUGAUCCAUCCCUCUCAUCCAGCCCCACACCCAGGCCCUGGGGGGGGGGUGGUAGAGGGGGGUUGUGACUAAGGAAGGAGUUGGAGCCCUUCCCGGGCUGGGAUCUGGAUCAUCCCAGAUUAAAACCCUUGCCAGGAAAGGGAAAGACCCAUGAGGGUUUGACAUGAUUGGUGCCAGGCUCCGACCCUGAUGUAGAGGCCUGGAGACAGCAGCAGGGCACACUGGAAGGCCCUGUCCCCUCACUGCGCCCCCCCCCCCAGCACACCUGGACUGUAGCCACAGGGGGAAGCUGGUAUCCUGGCACCCUCUGGGCUGGCUGGUGCUGCAGAGCUAGGCAAGUGGGGUCUGAAGAUAGAACUUGGAAAACACAUGGUUUGGCCACCACUCGGCCCUGUCCCAUUCUGAGCCAAGAGCUCCCUGAGGCAGAAGUCUCUUGGUCCUGUUUCCCUAGUGACCUGGCUGGGAGCAGAGGAAAAGUCUGAGAUUGCUUUUGGGUAGUGUGCAUACCUCUGAGAACUUCCGUGUAACUACUCUGGAAGCCAGCAGGGGGCUCAGGGCAGGGGAGCUGAGGACUCCUAUAGACCUGGCUGCCUUGGUGGUUGCCAAAGGGCAAACCCCCAGCCCGCAUCACUGAGGGGGUCAGUACAUCAAGAGCAGUCAGCCCUAGGCAGCUGCAAGGCUUCUGGAAGGGGGAUGACUGGAGCUUGCUGAGUCCUGGGGUGAGGGCUUAAGGUUCUUGAAGUGAACAGGACCAGAUAGAAGUGAAAGGUUCCUGCACGCCCCAGCCCCUUCCUGACACAUAAGCCCAGGAUUGUGUCACUUACUUUGAUCCAUGGGACCUUGUCAGGUGGAAUCUCCCAGCCCAGAAACCAGAGCCAUUUGUCUUAGGUCCUAUAUCAACUGUUACAAAUCCCCAGACAGAGCAGGAGGAGAGCACUGGAAAAAAGCUGAAGGGCUGUGGUCGUGGGGAGGGCUGUGUGGGGUGCUCUGAGGCGGAGAGGACACCUAGAUCCACGUUUCACCAACACAUCCCUUCCAUCAUCUUAAGCCACUGCUAGCCCGAGAGCCUGGUGGAGUGUAGUCUGCCCUGGUUCUGCUCAUUCACGUGCUUCCUUUGAAUACUGAAUGUGACUGUAAGGCCGGUAGAAUAAUCCCUCAAACUGUAGAUAGCACUGCGAGUAUUGUUUUUUCCUUUUUGCUGUGUUCUUUCAGAUGAGAUAUAUAAAUACCUACCUUAUAUAUAAAUAUAUGUAUAUUGGGUCUUCCUGCGUGUGGUUUUCCCUCGGAGGUUGUCUCUGGUCAAGGUGAAUUUAUUUUCCUCUCUGUACAAAGAGCCUACUUUUGUGUAUUCUGGUGGCUGAUGUCAUGAGAUUUUGAGAUGACACAAUGUAAAACAAGUAAAAACCCUUGUCGAUAUAGAAAGUUAACUGUACUGAAAACUAAUAAAGAAACUAAGAAGAGCGCGGCUGUGACCUUC